AGUAGUUAUCGAACGGCAGAGGGUGAAAGUGUGAAGUGGUCCUCGCCUCACAGGACUGUUUAGGACUUGUGGGAGGGCAUGAUGAGGAGGCUGUGGGCAUGGUGGCUAGUGGUGGUGGUGGUGGUGUUGGUGUGGGUGGUGGCUGGUGCGGGUACAGAGGCUUCGAAGCAGUAUGACGACGACCCGCUGCCGCCCCUGCCCUCCCUCGCUGACCUGAUGAGCAACGCGGAGCGACCCUUGGACACCGUGGGCGACUUCUACUCCUACACCAAAGAGAUUCGCAACGCAGCACAAACUCUCAUCGCCAAGGCUUUUGCGGCGCGUCUUCGCAGGCGUCGGCGAGAUCUGAACAUCCUGUCAGUCAACGUGAGCGGCGCGGAGCCCUACCCUCUGCCCUUCAAUACCCAGGCCAUGCAGGUGACAGCCUUCCACACCCUGCACACGCCUGAAGUAACCUACCUCAUCUUGGGCACGUACAGCAACCAGAGACAGCUGCUGGUGGAGUUGCGCGGGCUGGUAGUGCGAGAGAUUGGUAUUCAGCUGGAGCCCUCGCACUCUCCCGUCACUCAAAUAACAGCUGUGGUGCACCAAGGAAUGCUCUGGAUAGUCUUCGGCUUCCCUAACUCUGUCCAGGUUCGCUGCAUAAACCAAGUCGAUUUGGAGGUACGAGAGGCGCCGACCCUGAAGGUGCAUGAGCUGGGCGCCCUGCAUUUUAUUUGUGCCGUAGACAAGUUAUACCUGGUGAUCGGAGAGAAGCAGCACGACUCCACGAUAUACAGGCUGGAAAGAAAGAAACUGUUUGACCAAAUGGAGGACGUGGAGCUGAGGACCAAGGGAGUCACUGCCAUCACGGGUUUCUACGACGACGACGACCACAUCUACUAUAUUGUGUUCGGUAUGACUGUGCAGGAUGGGUCGCAGAAGGAAUACCAGGAGAAGCUGCAGGUGUACCAGUUCAACGUGAAGGCGGAACCAUGGGCGGUGGCGGUGCGGCUGCUUCAGGAGGUGCACGGCCUAAAAGUCCAAGCCGCCCUGCAGUUCCGAAACCUUCAGGACAACAAUCUGUACCUGGCAGUCCUCAGCACCGGCGCCCAACCGAUCAUCUACUGGUGGAACUGGGACCAGCUGCAGGAAUGGCAGACACUCGAAUCUCCACCAGUGGACUCAAGCACCUCCUUCGUCGUGGUGUCCCUGGCCAACAUGGAGAACGUCCUCUGCCUCGCUUACCAGAGCAUCCUCAUUUUCUACACCGACGAUCUGACGGGCCACUACUCUGUCAACUUCGUGGAAAGAACUUCCUGCCACUCCCUGUCCAACCUGCAGACGUUCAGCGUAGGGCAGGACCACUUUGUUGUCUACCUGUGCUUAGAUGUCGCCACAAGAACCCACGUACUGCAGGGACGGCGCCUCGGGUUGUCAGAGAGGAAGCUUGUGAAGUCGGUGAUGCGCGCUGACGACCUGCUGGCGUGCCUGGAGGACCUGGGUACUGCUGUGGAGGCGCGGAGACACGACAUCGCGCGCCUCAAGGACGACCUCGCCAAGCGGCCCGUCAUGACUGCUGACGGGACGCAGGUGUGGCAGGGUCCCAUCACCUUCGCCCAGGGAGUGACUGUAACUGGCACCACCACCUUCACUCAACCACUCGUCAUCCAGGUGCCUCAGAGGGACUUUGCUGUUCUCGGCUCCUCCUCCGCCUUGAAAUCACAAAUCGAUGCACUCGAGGUUGCUGUCAAGGACGUGGUGGACAGUUCCAACAGAAUCUUGUACUUCUCGGAGGACCAGAGCUUCCCUGGGCCCGUAGUGAGUCGCGCGCUGCAGGUUGACACGGCCCACAUCGGCACCCUCAGGAUAGGCAAGCUUAACGAUCUCGACAUGACGAAGGCGGAGCAAACUGUUCUUAUGAUGGGGGUGGACCAGCAGAUCAACGCCAGCCUUGCCAUAGACAUUCUCACUGCCCGCACAGUCACUACCCGCCCCGCCCGUGCCACUAUCAACGGGAUACUUACGGCAGAUUUCAUGCGGCAGAGCGCCCGGCAUCAGGUGGUGACGGGCCAACACAAAUACAAGAACCUGAGUAUUGAUGGGAGCAUAUUGCCUCACCCCACCGCCACCCAGAACUUCACCAUCAACGGCAUCCCCAUCUCCUCCCUGGUGAAAAGAGGCUCCUCCGUCACCUUCCUCGGCCCCAAGACAAUCAAGAAUCUGCUGGUGGUGGGCGGGGUCAACGCGCGCCUCGUCAACGGGGUGUCGCUGCGGGACCUGGCACAGCGGGUGGUGUAUACAGACGUGGCAGAGACGCAGACGAUUAGCGGCGGCGUCACUCUGAGGGACGUGCAUGUGGCUGGCAACGUGGACGUGAUGUCACUCAACGGCGUGGACCUGAGGCACUUGGACGCCAACACGGUGAAGACCACGGGGGAUUUCGUCCUGCGAGGUCCAGUGAGAUACAUGAAACCCCUGAGGGUCACUGGAAAUAUGCGUGUGCCUGUGGUCAACGGGGUGAAGUGGCGGGAUCUGCUGGACCGCCAGUCUCCACACAAGCAGGUCCUCUCCAGGUUUAUCUUCACCUCGGCCUUUGUCUCGCACGCCGUAGUCAGUGACAACAUCAAUGGCCUGAACCUGAGUGAAGAUGUGGUGCUUGUCGACACCACACAGACCAUCCGAGGUCGAGUUAGGUUUGCCAACACUGUGACCGUGACGGGACCUUCUGGUGUGCUGGUGGACGAGGGCAUGACGAUCAACAACGUGGACAUCUCGCGCCUCCUGGACAACGUGGCCAACAUCGGGGUGCUGAUGGUACCCGAUCCCGUCACCUUCAACCAGCCCCUCACGUGCUCUGGAGACAUCACCGCCACAAAAAUCAACGAUCUCCCGCUGGAGGGCAUAGAGGAUCGGUAUUGGCGGAAGUCGGUGCCGCAGGUGGUGGAGGGGCCCGUUACCCUUGCCCGUGCUGAGUUCCUGGAUGAGGUGACAGGCAGCAGUCUGAAUGGCCUGCAGAUGACUGACUUCCUCACUUACAACACAUCACAGGAGAUAUCUGGCACUUACGAGUUCAUGGGGCCGGUGGUGGUGCAGGGAGAUCUGCGGCUGGGUGUUGGCUCCACCGUGAACGGCGUGGACGUGGUGGCUCUGAACAGGACGGUACUCAGCUUGCACGGAGACCAGACCAUUGAUAGCCCCAUGGUGGGCGGCCGCGUGACUGUUGGUUAUCUGGACCUGUCUGGCACACUUAACGGUCUGGACCCGCUCACCGACUUCAUGCGGCUGGACCGCACCCUACAGCACACCAGCCACCUCAACUUCAUCGGCAAGACUGUGGCCACGCAUGUGAACCUGGCAGGAGACCUGACCGUGGCCUCCCUCAACGGUCAGCAAGUGGAGGUGGCGGCACGUCAGCUGGUGCUGCGGGACCAGAACGCCACCAUCAGGGGCCCCCACACCCUCCACCUGGCACAUAAUUCCACAGUGGUUCACCUCAAUGUGAGCGGCACGCUGGACGGGGUGGAUGUCAACAAUUUGCUGUCCCGCGCGCUGCUCAAGACCUCCCCGCCAGGCACUUUCCAGGAGAUGACGGGCCACCUGCACGUCACCGGCUCCGUCACCUUCGACAACUCCCUCACCGUGCACACUGUCAACGGCAAACACUUCGUCAGCCACCUGCGCAAUGUGGUGCCGAGGAAUUACACAGGAGUUAUCACGGGCACCAAGACCUUCCUGGGCCCCGUGUAUGUGCGGGGUAACCUGGACGCUGCCUCCAUCAACGGCCGUGACCUGAGGGAGUUUGCCAGUCAAGUGUUUACCAAGACCGGCGACCAGACCAUCCGGGCACACUAUACCUUUGCCUCCGCCACGAUCGAUCACCUGACAACGCCUAUCAUCAACAACAUCAACAUGAGCCAAGUGUUGCUGGUGGACAAGCCUGGGUAUCUGACUGGCACCACCACCUUCCGGGCGCCCCUCACCGUCAAGGGCCACCUCACUUCCGCUGCCACCUCCCUCGCUGGCUGUGACCUGAACCGGCUGACAAACAUCAGCAUGGACCGUGACAGUGACGGCACCCUGCACGUCUACAGUCCAAUGGCCAUCAAGCGCCUCUUCGUCAACGGCAGUGUGGAAGCCCCAGCCGGUGUGUGGGUGGGCGGUGAUGUAAACCUGGACACCUUCUUAGGCUCCCUCGUCCUGAAGUCUGAAGAUCAAGACAUAUACGGUUCUGUGGACUUCCUCUCCCACGUGAAGGUGGAGGAAGCGCACGUGACCACCAUCAACAACGUGGACGUCUCCGACAUGCUGUCCAAAAGUGUGCAGUGGAACGAGGAGGAGAUUAUCGAGUGUGACCUUCAGUUUCAACACCCCAUCCAUGUGACGCGGUUGGUGGUGAAGGGCUCUCUGGCGGAUCCUGCAGGCAAGGGGCUGAUACUGGGUGGCGUCAACGUGUCUCAUGUGGCGGCCAUGGCGGUGAGGGACCAGGGACAGGCCAUCAUUAUCACCGGAAACAAGACCUUCGCCAAUGGGUUCACCGCUCGGAAUUUGAUUGUGAAUAACUCAAUAGAUGGCGUGCCUGUCAAAGAACUGGUGACUCUGAGUGGCAACAGUCCCAUGCUGCAGUCUGCCGUCUUCCGUGCGCCUAUCACCGUGCGAGGGAACUUGAAGGUACACGGCCUUAUUGACGGGAUAGACCUUAAGGAAGUGUUCUCCAACCGCAUAGACCUCCGCAAGCCGCAGGAAGUGUACGGCAGCUGCUCCUUCCACGCCAUCAGGGUGGUUGGAGACUUGAGGGUGGCUAUGAUUAACGACGUGCUGCUGUCUGACCUGAUGGUGCGGGAGGGGAAGGAGGUGCAGGUGGUGAAGGCCAAGAUCUUCUCCGGGGGCCUGGUGGUGAACGGAGCCAUCAACACGACCAACCUGAAUGGCGUGGAUGUGGUAGAGAUGAACCGCUCUAUCCUGAGACUGGACCAACCCUCCACCAUCAACACCACAGUGAGGUUCGCUGGCCUGGUGGUGGCUGAGAGGGCGGUGGGCGGCUCAGUGCAGGGACACAACGCGGAUAAUCUCUCGAGGCAGCUGAAGGAAUUGAACGCCACUACUUCCGCCCAGUAUAGAAGCCUCCUGGAACUCCAUAAUCUCACUGAUGAACGCGUGACAGCCAACCUCGCGGCGGCCCAGGGUGAGUGCCGCGGCUAUGAUCUCAAAAAAGUUCAGUGUUUCACAAGGAGACUUGGCAUCGUCGAAUAUGUUCGUGGCGCUGCAUCACCUGGGCUGGAUCACCUUCCACCCCUGCCAGCCUCGUCCCUGCGCCACACCCUCUCCACCUUCCCCUCCCGGAACGAGGGCACGCUGUUGCUGGUGAAGGAGUGCGGCCACACCUGCAAAUGCUCCUCACGCACCGCAUUCUAUAAGGUAUGGGAGGACGGCCACCGCGCACCUGACCUGCAUGCCGUCGCUUCUGGAUCAGUUUUCUUCCUGCCGGCGCCUUCCCAGCACCUGUCUGUCAUCCUGGAAGUCCCGUGCAAGGGCAACGGGACCCUCAAGCUGCAAGGAGCGGCGGGCGAGCUAACCUUCCCGCUGGAGAGGUUUUCGCUGGGCCUCGUGGCGGACGCUGGCAUCUUUGUGGACAACAGCAUAGCGUACGUGGUGACGGUAGGGAGACUGGAGGAAGCCAUCAACGUAACCAGGACGGCCAUGGUGGUGCUGCGCAUCAGUUAUGAUCACAGCUACGUGGAGCGCAUCUGGGGCCAGCACUCCCGCCGCAGUGCAUCCAAACUUGAUUUGACGCAGAUCGGGUCCAGGUGGUACAUGGUGGUGGCCAAUGAGAUGGAGCUGGGCAAGAUGAACAAGUACACAACUGUCUCUACUCUGUACGUGUGGACCGGCGUGGAGGAAAGUUUCUUAGUGCAGAGGAACUACAUCGGCCAUCGCAUGACGUCUGCAAUGUUCCUGAAGGUGACACAGCCAGUGGAGGAGCACUUCCUACUCCUCGCACAGAUCCGGGCAGCCAGCCAUCACUCUGACACGCGGGUCCUGGUAUACAAACACGACGCCACCACAGGCACUUUUGAGGAGUUCCAGGUGGUACCGACAAGUGACGUGGGCUUCCCUGCUACGCUGUACGUGGGAACCAGCCUCUACCUGCUGCUGUUAUCCGAGGAAGAAAGACUUGAUGUGUACUGCUACAUUCCCCUCGAGGGCUUCCGGCUGCAGCAAAGCGUGGGCAUCCCUGGCUCGAUCUCCAUGGCUGUGAUUAGCUUCCAGGACGGCAGCCAACAGGUGUGGGUGUCGACAGAGGGCCCCGCCGGACUACAGGCUUUCAAGGUGUGGCACAAAGGCGUGGACCCAAGCAAGCUGUGAGUGCUGUCAGGCUGAAGGAGAGACUGCUGCAGAUUAUCCUUUAGUGACGGUGGUAUAGGCGGGAUCUGUGGGAGUCUGUGAGGGUUGUUUGGUGAUGAGUUUAAGUGUUUGUUGGUCAUUAAUGGUGGUUAAGAUGACGCCUGUUACAAUUUGUAGCUAUUUUAUUAUUUUUGUGAGAAAGUAUGCGCUGUGUUAUUUGAGGGCUGUCUGGUGGCUUGCUGCUCAAAGGUUUGUGUUUUGGUGGUUAAGAUGACGCCGGUUAUGAUCUGUAGUUUUUUUAUUAUUGGUCUCUUGGUUAUGCAAAGUCUACCCCAAGUGUCUGUUCAUUCACUCUGACUUGACUGUUCAAUGACGGGCGUACGUAGAAAAGGCUCACGAAAACGAUUAAUGUUCGAGAAUACUAAUUGAUAAGUGUUUAUAAGUAUAUUAUUAUUAUUAUUAUUAUUAUCAUUAUCAAUCUAUUACGCAGUACGUGAUGGGUGAAUGAAUACUAGGUAGUGAAGAAAGAACACAUCCACGAUUAUAUUCUAUUUAUUUAUCAUGUAUUUUUGUUGUUGUUGAAUGUUUUGGACUUGACGUUUUCCUGUCAUUAAUGACCAAAAUAAUCUAUUUUAAGAUUGUUAAUAUUCAAUAUACUAUUAGAUCUCACA